AUGACUGAGAACAUAAGAAGUUACUACAUGGUGACCAGGCCCAUAUACUCCGAAAAUGCUUUCUCUGCAAAGCAUAAAAAAGUUAUCAGGUAUCAUAAAACUCUUCUGGACCACCUCAAGGAGUGCUUUCGAUGCCCCACGGGUACAGUAAAGAGAAUUAUAUUUAAUUUGAUACCAAUUGCUGCUUGGCUGCCCAUGUACAAUCUGAAGGAAUGGCUCCUCGGUGACAUGAUCUCUGGCAUCAGCACAGGAAUGGUGUCUGUUUUGCAAGGCUUGGCAUUUGCUCUUCUGGUAAAUGUUUCCCCAGUUUAUGGACUCUAUUCGGCUUUUUAUCCCACAUUAAUAUAUAUUUUCCUUGGAACAUCUAAACAUAUCUCUGUCGGUCCAUUCCCUGUGUUAAGCUUGAUGGUAGGGUCAGCUGUGAUGAGGUUAGUCCCAGAUCCUGUCGAUGAGGAUGGAACAGUGAAUUAUAAUGUACUAAAUAACACAGACGAAUUGACAAUUGCUGAACAAAGAGUUCUUGUUGCUGCAUCUGUUACAGUACUUGUUGGUAUAUUCCAGCUGGUGUUUGGAUUGUUACAUGCAGGGUUUAUAGUUAUUUACCUGUCAGACCCUCUCAUAAGUGGUUUUACUACUGCAGCUGCUAUACAUGUUCUAGUGUCCCAGCUUAAGUUUGUACUUGGACUAAAGAUAUCAAACUUCAGUGGACCUUUGUCACUGUUUUUCACACUAGAGGACAUCUUUCAGAAGAUAAAUAAUACAAACAUCGCUGACCUUGCUACAUCAAUCAUCAUUAUGGUUGUGGUCCUUAUUGUUAAAGAACUGAAUGAUCGAUAUCAGAUAAAAAUACCCAUCCCCGCUGAGCUAAUAAUGACCAUUUUAGCAACUGGCAUAUCAUAUGCAUUUGACUUCAGUAGAAAAUUUCAUGUACAGAUAAUUGGAGAAUUAGAAAGUGGAUAUCAGCCUCCCAUAACACCAAGCAUAUCCAUUUUCGAAGAAUGUAUGAUUGAGGCCUUUACUAUUGCUAUCGUGGCCUUUGCCAUUGGAUUUUCUGUUGCCAGAGUCUAUUCAAACAAACACGAUUACCCAAUAAAUGGAAACCAGGAAUUAGUGGCAUUUGGAUUAGGGAACAUAGUUUGUGGCUUUUUCAAAGGUUUUGCUGUUAGCACAGCCCUGUCAAGGUCAGCUGUCCAGGAAAGCACUGGAGGGAAAUCUCAGGUACGGUAA